AUGGAGGUAGCAGCGGAGGGAGCGGUCUGUCUGGAGGCCGGGGAAGAGAGUCCUAUGUCAGGGGCCGCAGCAUCCGAAGACGGGGACUCGGUGCUGGGGCUCGGCUAUGGCACAGACCCUGCAGACACGGAUGCAGCCAAGAAAGCCUUCAUCACAGAGAUGCCCUCAUCGUCAGGACAACCAGGCCAGGGCAAGAAGAUUGGCCACAGAGGAGUCGAUGCCUCAGGAGAGACGACCUACAAAAAGACUACGUCGUCUGCCUUGAAAGGUGCCAUCCAGCUCGGCAUCGGUUACACAGUGGGCAACCUAAGCUCCAAACCAGAGCGAGACGUUCUAAUGCAAGACUUUUAUGUUGUGGAGAGCAUUUUCUUUCCCAGUGAAGGGAGCAACCUGACUCCAGCUCAUCAUUUCCCAGAUUUCCGCUUCAAAACGUACGCUCCAGUGGCCUUCCGUUACUUCAGAGAGCUGUUUGGCAUCAGGCCAGAUGACUACCUGUAUUCCUUAUGUAAUGAGCCUCUCAUCGAACUGUCCAACCCUGGGGCGAGCGGUUCAGUUUUCUACCUGACGAAAGACGACGAGUUUAUCAUCAAAACUGUGAUGCACAAAGAAGCUGAGUUCUUACAGAAGCUCCUGCCGGGAUAUUAUAUGAACUUGAAUCAAAACCCUCGCACUUUGCUGCCAAAGUUUUUUGGCCUCUACUGCGUUCAGUCGGGCGGGAAGAAUAUUCGAGUUGUGGUCAUGAACAAUGUCCUACCUCGGGUGGUCCGCAUGCACCUCAAAUUUGACUUGAAGGGCUCCACAUACAAGAGACGAGCAUCCAAGAAAGAGCGGGAGAAAGCCAGACCCACUUUCAAAGACCUGGACUUUAUGCAGGACAUUCAAGAGGGACUUAUAUUGGACCAAGACACUUACAAUGCACUGGUGAAGACUCUACAGCGAGACUGCCUGGUCCUGGAGAGCUUUAAAAUCAUGGACUACAGUCUGCUGCUGGGAGUUCACAACAUGGACCAGGCGGAGAGGGAGCAGCAGAUGGAGGGUUCCCAGGGAGACGAGAAGCGGCCCGUGGCCCAGCAAAAAGCCCUGUACUCCACCGCCAUGGAGUCUAUCCAGGGGGGCGCAGCGUGUGGGGGGUCUAUAGACACCGAAGACACGAUGGGUGGUAUCCCUGCUGUGAAUAGCAGAGGAGAGCGUCUGCUUCUGUACAUCGGUAUAAUCGACAUCCUGCAGUCUUACAGGCUCAUUAAGAAACUGGAGCACUCGUGGAAGGCCUUGGUCCAUGACGGAGACACUGUAUCUGUGCACCGGCCGGGUUUUUAUGCUGACAGAUUUUACAAGUUCAUGAGCAACACCGUUUUCAAGAAGAGCUCCUCGCUGAAGUCGUCCCCCUCUAAGAAAGGCCGCGUGUCGCUGACGGUGCCGAGUAAUAAGUGUCUAAUUGGCCCCGGGGCGGCGUGGUCGGCCAGUCAGCUACCGUCGGAGAGAGACGAGAACAUCUACGACCUGAGAGGAGCGCGCAGCUUCCCCACACUGGAGGACGAAGGGCGGCCUGAUCUUCUUCCUUGCACGCCUCCCUCAUUUGAAGAAGCCACAACUGCAUCCAUCGCCACCACUCUGUCGUCCACAACAUCGCUGUCCAUCCCCGAACGAUCGCCUUCUGACACAUCAGAGCAUCCACGAUACAGGCGGCACACCCAGUCCCUCAGCCACGACGUACGGACUCAGGAGGAGCUGCGGGUGCGAGAGGAGGACCAGCAAACCAUCACUGUGGAGGUGGAGCUGAAAAGACCAGACAGUGAACCAAUCUUCUCUGUCCCUGAGACACCUCCUAAACUCAGUGAUGUGCUGGAAGUCGAAGGUGCAGAGGCAGCAGUCCCGUGCAGCUCAAUCGACCCCGAAGUCCCGUCUUCCUCGUCAGCCCCUGUGUGUGCAGACAUGCCCCCGUCCAGCCCAAAGGUGGUGGUGGUGGAGGCGGACACAACCAGCCAAGUGUCCGGAUCCGGCUGCACGAGCCAGGCCUCUGUCGACGACGAGGACGACGUGCCAAUCACAGACAUUUAUCUUUUUUCCGAUGGUAGGACAUGGGUGGUGUCUCCUUUUCGCCAAAAGAGGAAAUGCCAGCUGAGUUGGCAUCCUCCAGAGGACAAGACCUGGGUGUAUUCUCCGCUACACUUUGGCUCAGAGUCUAAGGCCGUGCCAGAUGGGGAUUGGGAAAAUGAGACAUAA